AUGUAUCUGAUCAUUGUGUGCUUUGAGAUGUCUUCUUCGCAAUCUGAGUACGAGUACACGGCCGAGGACGAGGGCAGCUCGAGCCUGUCUGGCAGCGGGGAGUCGGGCUCUGUGUCGCAGUUGAGCUAUGUCAAGAGCAAGGGCCGCGGCAAGGGUAAGCGCAAGGGGAAGAGCAGUCGGAGCGAGGUGGCGGCGAGGAAGCGGACGCGGGCAGAGAACCAGAUCGGCGGGCACUCGGGCGACAAGGACGCGUGCUCGAUGUGGUUCAAGGGUGCACAGACGAUGGGCGGGAUCUGUGUGUCGGCGGCGUGCAUGCCGCUGGCGUGCUGUGGUUGCGGGCCAGUGAGGCAGAUCAGCGAGGGCCAGCGUGGGAUUCUGAUGACGUUUGGCAAGCUGUCGCGGGUGCUCGAGCCCGGGACGUACCACGCCAAUCCGUGCACGCAGGAGAUCCGACGGUACACGGUGGCGCUCCAGUCGCUGGACGUGCCGAGGCAGAGCGUGUUGACGACCGACGAUGUGACGCUUGAUGUGGACGCGGUGGUAUUUGUGCGGAUCUUUGACGUGGUCAAGGCUGCGUUUGCGGUGGAGAACUACCGCGAGGCGGUGGUCAACCUUGCGGCGGCGUCACUGGUGACGGUGGUGGGCAACACGUCACUGGAGCAUAUUUUCCAGGAGCGCGGGACGCUCAAUGACCGGAUCAAGGACCAGAUGCAGCUGGAGACCGACGAGUGGGGUAUCGAGGUCGACGUGGAGAUUGCCGAUGUUGUCAUCCCCACGCACAUGCAACGGUCGCUGGCGGCGGCUGCCGAGGCCAAGCGCGACGGCAAGGCCAAGCUGGUCACCGCGCGGGCCGAGAAGAAGGCCAGUACCAUUCUGCAGUCGGCGGCGGAGCUCAUGGAGAACCCAAUCGCCCUGCAGCUGCGCUACUUCCAGACGCUCUCAGAGAUUGCGGCCGAGAACAACUCGACGGUCAUCGUUCCGUCGGGCAUGCACGACCUGGCAACGGCGGCUGCCGGUGCACGGGCAGGAAAGUGAUAAAUAUUUGAAUAGCAA